CAAUGAAGAAGUUAGCUGAAUUGACAAAUAAAGAAAUCAUUCACUUAUUAAAAAAUCAAGCCCAUUUAGAAUUAUAAUCUAGUUUCUUGUAUCUAUAAUAUGCAUAUUGGUUUGAUAAUAACAAUUUUGAAGGAAUUGGUAAAUUUUUCAAAGCGGAAAGUGAAGAGGAAAGAAAACAUAGUAUUUAGAUAUUUGAUUACUUAAAUGUAAGAGGUGUACAAUUGACUAUUGAUCCAUAAUUAACAGUUUUCUAAAAUAUGAAGAUUCAUUUUGAAAAACCUGGUGAUUAUUUUGAAGCCUAUUUAGCAAGAGAACAUUUGAAUUAUUCUUAACUUGAUUAGAUAGGAAAAUAAGCAUAAUAAAGUGAAGAGAUAUUAACUCACAAAUUUAUAGGUUCAAUGUUAGAAGAUUAGGCAUCAUCUGUGGAUGAGGCAGAAAAAUUAUAUGCUAAAGCAUAAGCUUAUUCUGCUUUUCCAGGAUUAUUUUAUCAUUUAGAUGCAUAAAUCAAGACAGGAAGUUAAUCAUUUGAUACAUGGAAAGCAAAGUAAUCAUGA